CUCUUGAUGAUGUGCAGAGACGCUCUCUGCACGUCAUCACGUAAUCUGGAGUUCAAAGGUUGUUGAACAAGAUGGCCGCCGCCAGAGGAGUGAUUCUCAAGGCUGUGAAGAAAAUAGCGGUGCAAUUUUGUCCAUUUGAGUCCAAUGCCCGAUCAACAAGAGAGUUUCUGGUGUUGGUGGGCUCGGAGAAGUCACGAGCGACCAACAUGAACUGUGAGGUCACGACGGAAGUAAAACACGACGCGUCAGAACCUGUGGUUGACAUCUCGUUCUUGGAUGGAGAUCGGCUGGUGAUGCGGGGAGCGAAUCUCUCUAGCAGGGAGAUGCUGAGCGCGUUUCAGACCCGCUGCACAGCCAAGGAUCCACAAGCCAAGAUGGCCGUCAGGAAGUAGUGGCAUCAUUGCAGCCAUAUUAUCAGUGUUUCUGUUUCUGUACAUAUUUAUGUCAUUUUGUCUGUAAUAAAUUGUUUUUCAUCUCCCUGAAA